AUGUCAGGAAAAUUAGACCAGAGCCUUGAUGAGAUCCUCAGCACCCGUCGCAAGACCGCAGGCCGUCGUGGACGCGGAGGUCGUCGCGCAGGAAAUGGAACGACGAAAGCAGCCACAGCGGCUCCCGUAGGAGGCAUCCAGAAGAACACAAGAGGUGCUAAGACGGCACCUGCAAAGGGCGCAGUUCCAAAUGGUCCAGCUUCAGGGAGUGGAGAGUCGAAGAUCAUCGUGAGCAACUUGCCCUCCGAUGUGAAUGAGUUCCAGAUCAAGGAGUAUUUCAGCAAGUCCGUUGGCCAUGUCAAGAAAGCCAUGCUCACCUAUGGACCUAACGGUGUGAGCCGCGGCAUUGCAACUAUCGUCUUCAGCAAAUCAGCCAGCGCCAACGACGCUCUCAUUCAACUCAACGGAAUGUUGGUCGACAAGCGUCCCAUGAAGAUUGAGGUCGUCCUCAAUGCAUCCAUAGCCGCAGCAGUUCCUGUCAAAGGAUUGGACGAUCGCGUAACACAAGGCAAGAGCCAGCCAAAGUCCGCUGCCCCAAAGCCUGCGACCAAUGGAACAGCUACUCGUGGAGGACGAGUCGGAGGACGUGGCGCACGUCGUGGCCGCAAUGCCGGACGUCCCAAAGCGAAGACUGCAGAUGAGCUUGACGCAGAAAUGGUUGACUACUUCGACGCCAAUGCUGCAAAUGGUACAGCGGCCACCACAGAUGCCGCCGCUACUAUGAACGGCGCUGCUGCACCAGCUACGAAUGGAGAGGAGAUUGGCAUGGACGAGAUCUCCGCCACAGCUCGCCUGAUAUCGAGGAAGAAAUAG